AUGAAACAAUAUUCAAACAUGAAUACAUCAUAUGAACCAUCCCCACGUAUUGUCGAUCCGUUUAUUAUUCAUUUUCUUUCAUCAACAAUUCAGCCACCUCCUCCACUACCAUCGUCAAUUUUCUUCUAUGAUCCUUUUCUUAUCGUGCCACCCGCACCUGCUAUCAACGUCUCAUCAUCAUCAUCACCAUCAUCAUCAGAAGCUUCGACGACAAAAAUAGUUGUACCUAAUCGUCAUCGGUUCACACCUGUACAGUUAUUUACUCUUCAUCGAAUUUUUAUGCACUUACCAUAUCCAUCAUUAGCACAACGUCGUAUUAUUGCUGAACAUCUUGAUAUUGAUAUUGAACAAGUUCGUGUUUGGUUUUCUAAUCGUCGAUCAAGACAACGUAGUUCUAAUCAUCAAACAAAUCUUAUUCAACCAACAUCUAGUGAAUAUAUGAACGUACAAGAAUUGUUUGAUAAAUUAAACCUCGUUAUUUAA